AAAUACACAUUGCAUACGCUAGACAAAGGCAAAUACCAAGGCAAACAAACAAACAAAAUCUUGAGAUGAAUUUGACUCUUCCAAUGAAAAAACAAAAUUUUCUGCUGAUCAUCUCAUUGUUGAUAUUAUUAUCAUUACGUCAUCAAGAUUAUCACAUUGAAGCACAAAAUUCAGACAAAGUAGUUAACCUUCCUGAACAACCAUCGAGUCCAAAGGUCUCUCAUUUCUCAGGUUAUGUCAACGUCAAUCAAGAAAAUACACGUUCACUCUUCUUUUGGUUCUUCGAAGCCUUGUCUGAAUCUCCUUCAACAAGACCGUUAGUUCUCUGGCUUAAUGGAGGUCCAGGAUGUUCAUCUAUUGGAUAUGGAGCAGCAUCUGAAUUAGGACCUUUUCGUGUUGUUGAAAAUGGGACAAGCCUUAGUUUCAAUCAAUACUCUUGGGUCCAAGAAGCGAAUAUGUUGUUUUUAGAAUCACCAGUUGGAGUAGGGUUUUCGUACACGAACUCAUCUUCCGAUUUGGACAACCUCAACGACGCUUUCGUUGCGGAAGAUGCAUACAACUUCAUGGUUGCUUGGUUUGCAAGGUAUCCCCAAUAUAAGUCUCGUGAUUUCUUCAUAGCUGGUGAAAGCUAUGCCGGUCAUUACGCACCUCAGCUAGCCGAGAUUAUAUACGAUCGGAACAAAAUUAAGCCAAAGGACUCCUUCAUUAAUCUCAAAGGCUUCAUAUGUAACGUAAAUCCAAUGCGACCGACUUUUUCUUGGGAAAAAAGAACUCUUUCUUUGAUUGUGGAUCCCUUAGUGAGAUGGUACGAAGGAUACGAUCCUUGUUACUCUAAUUACGCUGAAAAAUAUUUCAAUAGGGUCGAUGUUCAAUCGUCUCUUCAUGCCAUUACACGAAAUGUACCAAGAUGGAAAGUUUGCAAUGAUUCAAUAUUGCAAACGUACCAUUUUACAGUCUCCUCAAUGUUGCCUACAUACAGUAAGCUCAUCAAAGCUGGCCUCAAGAUAUGGGUUUAUAGUGGAGAUGCGGACGGGAGAGUGCCGGUGAUCGGGAGUAGGUAUUGUGUUGAAGCUUUAGGGCUUUCCGUUAAAUCCGAUUGGCGUUCUUGGUUCCACAAUCAUCAGGUGGGAGGGAGGAUAACGGAGUACGAAGGAGGGUUAACGUUCGUAACGGUAAGAGGAGCUGGACACUUGGUUCCUCUCAAUAAACCUGAAGAAGCUCUCGCUCUUUUCCGGUCCUUCCUUAACGGCCAGGAACUUCCCUCACGCCCCUAGACAAUAUCGCUAUACAGUAUCAUAAUAUUGUACUCUCUUUUUUUUUUUUUUAAUAACCGAUGAGUAUAAAAAAAAUACAUUCAUAAAUAAUAAAUCCAUGUCGCAUAAUGUAUAACAUGUUUCUUCUCA